AUGGAUCACCCGCGCAUCAAGGUUACCUUUCCACCACCCAUCAACAUCGCAUCGCCCAUCACCUUUGCCUACAUCAUGACGAAAGCUACGACUCGCCCUUUUAUCGACCCAACCAAGGUCGCUCUCUUCAUCACUUCGUCCAAACCUUUUUCAGAGGACUGGGUGAAAAGUCAGUGUGAAAUGGCCGAGCGAUCCGCCGAAAGUGGGGAGGAUCUGCAUCUCGAAGUGAUUCAGGGCGACUUUCAAGGUUGGUCUCCCUUCAAGCUCGCCCGUGACUAUGUCUAUCCUCGACUCUUUGAAGAGCCAACGACAUUUGCAUAUGUAUCUUUUGUUGUCCUCGACGAUACAUCCCAUAAGGACAGAAAAUUGGUGAUUGUUGGAGUGCAUCCCGACUCUUUCAAAGGGGCUUCACUCGAGAUCGAGGCCACAAGCCGAAUGGAAGCCAACUUCGCCAUCGACCUGCCUCUCACCUUCCACUACGGCAACCAAGCCAUCACUUCGUAUCCUUGCGAUCUCUACGAUAAUGAAGCAGAGCGAAACGCGGCCUGA